CAAGAUCUUCCAUUAUCCUUGUCCAGAGAAUGCAUCCUUCUAUACAUGCUUACAUGCCUGCACCAAGACACACCAGUAUAUCUCUACGACAUUUAAGAUCAUACUAAAUAGAUAAGAAUCCUGGCAUAAUACAUAUUUUGAAAUAUUUUUAUAUAUAAUUUCAGUCAUAUCUUCCCCUAACUCUUCUGCUUUAAAUAGAAAUGAGAAACCAAAGUACCCUCUCUGAUUUCCUGCUCCUAGGCUUCUCUGAGAACCUAGAGAAGCGGCCUCUCCUGUUUGGGCUCUUCCUGGGAAUGUACCUGGUCACCCUCUUGGGGAACCUGCUCAUCAUCCUGGCCAUUGGCUCUGACCAGCACCUUCACACCCCUAUGUACUUCUUCCUGGCCAAUCUGUCCUUUAUUGACACCUGUUUCACCUGCACCAUUGUCCCCAAAGUGCUGGUGAACAUCCACACACAACACCACACCAUCUCCCACACUGGGUGCCUCGUGCAGAUGUACUUCUUCAUGGCCUUGACCCUGCUGGAUGAUUUCCUGCUGGCUGUGAUGGCAUAUGAUCGUUACGUAGCCAUCUGCCUUCCUCUGCACUACACCAUGAUCAUACGUCCCCAGUGCUGCCUGCUGCUGGUGUCCACAUCCUGGCUCUUCUCCAACCUCCUGGCCCUCUCACUUAGUCUCAUGAUCUCUCAGUUUUCCUUCUGUGGCUCCCAUUCCAUCCCACAUUUUUUCUGUGACGUCCCUCCAAUCCUCAAACUUGCCUGUUCAGAUACCCAUAGCUUUCAGGUCACAAUGUUAACUGAAGCUGUUCUCUCAGGCAUGAUCCCUCUCACCUGUGUGCUGGUCUCUUAUGCUCACAUCAUGCACACCAUCUUCAGAAUUCCCUCUGCUGGGGGGAAACACAAAGUCAUAUCCACUUGCGGUUCUCAUCUGACCGUUGUUAUUCUUUUCUAUGGGACACUCUUUCUGGUCUAUUUCCGGCCAUCAUCUACCUACUCAGCAGACUCUGGGAUGGUUCUAUCUGUGAUCUAUACCAUGGUAAUUCCUAUGCUAAAUCCUUUCAUCUAUAGCCUGAGGAACAAGGACAUGAAAGGGGCUUUAUGGAGGCUCUCUGGCUUUGGAAAAUGCUACUUUCAGUAAAGGGCACCUCCUCAAGGCUUGAAGAACAGAUACUUUGAAAUACUCUAAACUAGACUCCUCUUCUAGAGUUGUUAGAGAUCUCAGAUACAAUACAGAAUGGAUG